AGCGUCAGAUUAUUGAUGUGAUCUGACAGUUGGGAAGACCAGGACAAGAUCACCAAAACAUGGUUUUUGAGGAGAAAAUGAUCCUGAACGGGGAACCCGAAGAUGAAGAGGCAGAGGAAGAAGAACAAGAUAUGGUGGACCCCCUUGACGUUGUGCGGGAGAAGUGUGCACAGGCAGAGCACUGCGUCCACACCCGGGCGAAACUGGAGGACUGCGAGUCCAGAGUAGGCUCCAAGUCCGAAACCGCAGAGGACUGCACAGAGGAACUUUUCGACUUCCUCCACGCCCGGGACCACUGUGUGGCACACAAAGUCUUCCAUUCUGUCAAGUGAAGUCCCUCCAGCUCUCAGUGCUGUAUACUGACGGUGGUCCAGUCAGAUGUACCAUGAGACCAUAUAACACGUGACCAGGACCUGGUUAUGAAGGGUUCCUGUACGGAUCUAUGUUGUAAUGUCAUUGACUUAUGUGAAUGAAUUGUAAAUUAAGUGUUCAAUCAGUGUUUUUGUUUAAAUGUAGAUGAAUCGUUGAUGUUUUAGUUAGGACGCAUACAUUUUAAGUGCAUGUAGUCUUAUUGUGGUGGUCUGAACAAUAAACGGUGGUCAUGGAGGUCUCACAUUGCAAGCAUUACAGUUGUGCACCAUUGGUAAAGAUGAGCAAAAGUGUCAAAUCGAAACAGGUGAUGAGCUACAUCAUAAUUUUCCAAUGUGAAAUAUAUUGUUCCUUGUGAUUCAAGCAAAUCAACCAAAAUUACUUUACUCAAAUUAUAGGUUUGUUAUUGGAAAAGUGCCAAUUUCCCCAACACAGUCUUAUGUUGAUAAAAUAAAACCAUAGGUU